CGCGAAACGCGGCCACACGCCACUACCGCGAGUAAACCAAACCACGUGUGCGACACGAUGAAAAAAAAUCAGUGAAAAUGUGCUAGAUACGGACGAAAAUGGGCACCGAAGUGAAGGAAUCGGUGAAACUGAAGCGGAAAAUCACGUUGCUGAACGGGGUUGCCUUGAUAGUCGGAACCAUAAUAGGAAGCGGGAUUUUCGUGGCGCCGGCCGGCGUCUACUUGGAGACCCGCUCCGUCGGCUUAUCCCUCAUCGUUUGGUGUCUGUCGGGGUUGUUUUCCACGUUAGGAGCGCUCUGCUACGCGGAGUUGGGCACCUCCAUAACGCGCUCCGGGGGCGACUAUGCCUAUAUUUACGUUGCAUUCGGCCCAUUGUGCGCUUUUUUGAGGCUCUGGAUCGCGAUUCUCAUCAUCCGGCCCACCACACAGGCCAUCGUUGCGCUCACUUUCGCAGAAUACGCCGCAAAACCGUUUUUCCACGAAUGCAAACCACCUGGCAGCGCGGUCCGAUUGUUGGCGGCAGUUUGUUUGUGUCUUUUGACUGCAAUCAACUGUUUGAGCGUACGAUGGGCAAUGAGGAUACAAAGCAUCUUCACCGCGGCCAAGUUGUUUGCUCUCAUUACCAUCAUUUUAACGGGGCUGUAUCAGUUAUUAACAGGUCAUACAGAAAACUUCACCAACGCUUUUGAAGGAAAUUAUGAAGUAUCAGCAGUAGCUUUAAGUUUUUACUCUGGGUUGUUCGCUUUUGGAGGAUGGAAUUUUUUAAAUUUCGUUACCGAGGAAUUGCAAGAUCCUUACAAAAAUUUACCAAGAGCCAUUUGGAUCGCCUUACCGCUAGUAACAGCAGUAUACGUUUUAGCAAAUGUAGCAUAUUUUGUUGUACUAACUGCGGUGGAAAUGGAGAGUUCCCCUGCUGUAGCAAUCACAUUUGGGUCCAAAAUGUAUGGAUCUAAACUAGACUGGUUUGUGCCAAUUUUCGUCGCCCUAUCAACGUUUGGCGGCGUAAAUGGCAUUUUAUUUACAAGCGCAAGACUGUUUCUCACUGGAUCUCAAGAAGGCCAUUUGCCUGAAAUAUUUUCGUUUAUACACAUCAAGAAAAACACACCCAUACCCAGCUUACUAUUCACAUGCUUAACAUCACUGGCGAUGCUUUUCAUAAACGACGUGUUCACUUUAAUUAACUACUACGGACAAAUUCUGUGGUUCUCCGUUGGCGCCAGCAUCGCCGGUAUGCUAUGGUUAAGGCACUCCCACCCGGACAUGCCCAGACCAAUCAGAGUCAACACCGCCAUACCGAUUUUGUUUCUGUGCGCGUGCGCAUUCCUCGUUAUAUCGCCCAUACCGAAGGCACCCAUGAAUACUGUCAUCGGUUUAUCUAUCACGCUUUCAGGCAUACCGGUAUAUUAUUUGUGUGUAAAAUGGAGGAACAAGCCGAAAUCGUACAACAGACUAAUGUAUGGGUUGACGAAAUUCCUACAAAGUAUUAUGUAUGUUACAUCGCCCGUUCAGGAGGAAAUGUUAGCACAAUCUUAAUUUGUUAUAACUAUUUAUUUAUUUAUACACCAAUAUUGACCAAUAUAUGUAGGUAUAGUGUAAUAAAAGUAUUAACCAGU